CAGUGUGUCAAGUGUUUUUGUGAAUUGAGUUGAUCAAUUAAUCAACCAAUCAAUCAUGUUCAAGUUUGUGUGCUUAUUCGCGCUGAUCGCCUCAACGGCGGCAGCCGCCUCCGAGGCAGACAGUCUGCUGACCAGUGCCCUGAAAAUGGUCAAGGACUGCGGUGAUCGAUCGAUGGUAUUGUGUAUGAAGGAACGCGCCCUGCACUAUUUCGACACGGAGAACGGCGAUGUGAGGUUGACCGAGGGCAUUGCUCUGGUGAAGACAGACGACAUACCCGUGGGACGAUCACUCAACGAUAUCCAGCUGCCCGAGGAAGUGGAGUCCCGGGAGGCUGAGGUCGACUCUCUGCUGGUGGAGCGUGUGGCCCGCUUCUUUGGCACACACACCCUGCAGUUCAAGGUGCCCAAGGACUCGAUCCAGGACAUGCAGCGCGCACUCGAGGAGUCGCGUGGCAAGAAGAAGGAGAAGAAGAAGUACCUGAUGCCCCUGCUGAUGUUGUUCAAGCUGAAGAUGGCCGCCCUUCUGCCCUUGGCCAUUGGCUUCCUGGCACUGAUCUCAUUCAAGGCUCUGGUCAUUGGCAAGAUCGCCCUCUUGCUGUCGGGCAUCAUCGGCCUGAAGAAGCUGCUGGAGUCCAAGAAGGAGAACUACGAGGUGGUGGCGCAUCCGCACUACGAGCACGAGCACAGCUACGGACGGGCCCUGCCCGGCGGCGGCGAAGCACAGAACCUGGCCUACGCGGCGUAUAAGCAAUAAGCAAAUAGCCAAAAACCAAUUCUGGAGCAUCAUAAAAAGCAAUAUUCAGUGCAAUAGAAGGCGAAUAUGGGAAAGGAGAGAGACCGCUUGGAGAAAGCU